CCCAGAAGCCUCUGCGGGGGCCGAGCCGGGGAGUCAGCGGCCUCACCGGGGCCGGGGGUCGCCCCCGUCAGCGGCGGCCGCGGCGCCGGGGCCCUGGGUCGGUUCCCCCCGCCCGGGCUGGGGCCGUUCGCAUGAGUCCCCGCUCCUCCCGCGCCGGCGGGGCCCAGGGCUGAGUGGGGCCGUCCCGCCAUGGCGGCGGGGAGUGGGGGAGCGGGGGCCUCCCCCCGGGAGCACCGCCUGGAGCCCGGGGACACGCUGCCGGGGCUGGCGCUGCGCUACGGGGUGACGAUGGAGCAGAUCAAGCGCGCCAACCGCCUCUACACCUCGGACACCAUCUUCCUCAAGCCCACCCUCCUCAUCCCUGUGCCGGCGCAGCCGGGGGGACCCUGCCCCGAGGACAAGGACGAGGACAAGGACGUCCCCUCGGGGGACACCCCGUCUGCCCCGUCCCACCACGACCUCUCGGCCACCGAUUUCCUCAGGCGGCUCGACGCCGAGAUCGGGCGUUCCAAGGCGGCGGCGGCGGCGCAACGGCUCCGUGCUGGCGGCACAGGCAUGGCCGAGGCCGAAGGCAGCCGGUGCCCCGAUGCCGGGGUCCCGCCGGCCCCCCGCGGCCCCCGCCUCGGCCCCCGGCCCCUCACCAGGACCCCGCGGGCGGCCGCCCUCCGCGACGCCGAGGACGAGAUCUUCACGCUCUGACGCCGGGGAUGGGACGCCGUGACACCCACCCCGUGGGGACGGGGACCCUGGGGCACCCCCGGCGCCCAGCCUCCCCUGCCAGGGGAUGCCGGAGGGGACACAGGGAUUUUGGGGGUGACACAGUGUCCCUUCCCUGUCUCCUUCGAGGGACCUUUCCCGCUGGAGGGACACGCAGAGCCAGCCCUCUCGCAGGGCGACUGGGAGGGACUGGGAGGAGAUUUACCAGCUGGUUUUCCUCUGUUGUAUUUAUUUGUACGUCUUUGCUCUUGCAGGGGGUGGGACCCCCCCAUGCCAGUGCCUGGACCCCCCCCAGGGACAGGGACGGUCACCCCCCCACCCCGAGAGCCUGUAAAUAAAAUGGAGCACUGUCA